UGCCUUCCUCUGAUGAAACACGCACAUGCCCAAGAAUCUCUUUGCUUUUAACUGGGACCUUUUUCACUUCAGCGUACAAGAAGAGAAAAGUUUUCUUCGCCUGAAAUAAGUCUGAGCUGGACUUAGAAGUUGCAUGUAAGAUGAUGUGAAGAUAGUCCUAGUUUCCUGUCUUUUUUUGCGUAAGUAAUGGAGAACUUCACUUUAACCAACCACACUUUGGGCCCCUGGAUGGACCACAGUUUAGAAUACAAAGUAUUCAGUGCUCUUUUGGUCUUCAUCAUAUGCGUGUUGGGAAUGAUUGGGAACGUGAUGGUGAUCCUGGUGGUGCUUACCACGAAGCACAUGCGCACACCGACGAACUGCUACCUGGUGAGUUUGGCCGUGGCGGAUCUGACGGUGCUGACAGCCGCUGGCUUGCCGAGCGUCGCGGACAGUGCGUACGGCUCGUGGGUGUUCGGCCACGCGGGCUGUCUCGGCAUCACCUACUUCCAGUACUUGGGCAUCAAUGCGUCUUCGUGCUCCAUCACGGCGUUUACGGUGGAGAGGUACAUCGCCAUCUGCCACCCCAUCAAGGCGCAGUCGCUGUGCACGUACGCGCGCGCCAAACGCAUCAUCCUGGCCGUGUGGCUUUUCACGUCGCUCUACUGCGUCAUGUGGUUUUACCUGAGUGACACGCAGGAGCUCGUGCGCGGCGACGUGACCGUCGUGACCUGCGCCUACAGAGUGUCCCGGGAACUUUACUUACCCAUUUACUUCUUCGACUUCGGCGUGUUCUUUGUGCUGCCGCUCGCGCUCGCGACCGUCCUGUACGGACUGAUCGCGAGGAUCCUGUUCCUGAACGCUUUGCCUGAACAGAAGGUGAAGAACGGCCACUACGGCUCCGGGAUCAAACACUCGGUCCAGUGCUCGAGCACCACGGCGGCCUCGCGCAGACAGGUGAUAAAGAUGUUGGCAGUGGUGGUGGUUCUGUUCGCAGUGCUCUGGAUGCCUUACCGCACUCUUGUGGUGGUUAACUCCUUCCUCCAUGAGGCUUACCUGGACCCCUGGUUCCUGCUUUUCUGCCGCACCUGCGUGUACCUAAACAGCGCCAUCAAUCCUGUUAUCUACAACGCCAUGUCACAGAAAUUCCGCGCCUCAUUUAAGAGGCUCUGCCGAUGCAGUUCGAAGGCGCAGGCAAAGCAGACAGCCUACAGCGUGGCCCUGACCUACAGUACUGCUAAAGAAACAUCCAUGAUCGAAAGCACAGACCAUUUUUCCACAGAAAUCGAUGAUCUGACAGAAGUGCCAAAUAAUCUAAGAGAAGAGCUGACACCUAAUUAGAAGGUUCUUGCUGUGAUAUGUAAUCAGGGAUCUUUUACAAGCGACACUUACGUAUAAAAGAUGUAUAGUACACUCAUUAUACACUCAUAUACACAUGCUCAUUCAUGUAAAUAUAAUGUUUAAUAAGCUAAGCAAGUGGAUAAGGAGAUUCUUUUUUGCACAUCACAGUUAUAAAGUGUGGUUAUGAGUCACUUUGAUAUUCUUGUGAGUCCAAACACGCCUUUCUAUUCUUCUUUAAUCAGCAUUUUUCCUCACAAACCCUGCUGCUGAGUGGAUGUUUCACUGUCUGUAGACUUUAUAGAAUGCUAUCCUAAACAAUCAUUAUACAACCUCUGCGUAUUCUGAUGUAUGGACAUAAAAAUGAAACUGAAGCUCUUGAUAUGUAUCUGCUUUGCAGUAUGAUACAUGAUUGGGUCUCUGAAUAACUCCAUGAUUGUCCAGAUGUACAGAUGUUCCUAAUUAAGUGGACUGUGAAUGUAUAUUUGUAUCAGAUCAUAUAUACUGUCAAUGCAUGUUUACUGAACACAUGAACCACUUAAUAUGAAAAAUGUAAGUGAAAAUGCAUUUUUGGAAAAUGAUGACAUUAAUAUGAUGUGGAGAAUCAGGACAUGUUUUAUGGUAAGCAACCAUGAGUAAAACAGGAGACCUGAUGUACAAAAAGUUGCCAAAGGAGAAUUAAAAGAUUUCCCCAAACCACUGGGGUCUUGUACAGGGUUUAAAAUAACAUCAGGAUGAGUUUUCAUCUCAAAUGAUGAAUAUUGUACAUUUUGUUUUUUGUUCUGGCUGGAGUAGUACCAUCAAGGGUCCUUCAUUAGUGCUUUAAUGGUUUCUAUUAUAUGCAAAAAUGAAUGCAGUAUACAUUUGAGAAGAUUUAAAAGUGCACAUUAUUCUAUAUUAUUCCAAGUAACAGACACGCGAAUUGUACAAAAGAUGGAACAGUUUAGUAUGUUUUUCUGAGAGGAAGUGUGUAGCACAAGGCUGCUGUCUGUAUUAGUAUAUUUUUACUGUUCUAAGUAUUUGUCUCUGUAUUUGUAUUCUGAUUUAAACACAAAAUGGACGUUGCCUAAAACUGUAUGGUGUUUGAUUUAAUUUAUAUGUUGCUUAAUUCGUUUUUGUAUUUUAUUUAUUUUUAUGAAAUAUGAAACCUAUCUUGAUGCCAUCAGAAACACUUCAAUCAUUAUCUCAUAGAUUUUUCUCAUAAACUGCCAGAAAACCCAAAACUUCUCUUCACAUCAUUAUUGGUGUUUAUACUUAAAUUUUUUUUCUACUUGCCCAUUAAACAUUCUAACAAAUGUAUUCAUUGUUAAUAACCUCAAACCUCAUAUCUGACAAUUUACCAGUGGCUGCAUGAAAGUUAAACAUCUUAGCAGGAUUCUACUGAGUACUGGGUCUCAUUCAAAUGUCUUGUGAAGUCCUCUGACAAGCUUUUUACAAGGAAAAAAACAUAUAUACAUUUUGCAUUUUAUAUUUGUAUUUAUUUCGAACACACUAUCUGUUUAAUUGGAAAACUGUAUUUGGUGGCAUCUCUAUCUGAGAGUGUAGAAACAUUUACAAUUAAUUGUAUUCCCAUAAUUCGCUUUUAUGUAUGCACCUAUUCAGUAUUCAUUGUUCAUAAUACUGUUUAUAGUGCUGUCUUGUUGUUUUGGAAUAAUGUGUGUGGUUUUAUGAUGUCUGCAGUGCUGCUACUUAUCAACCUGCCCUGAUAAUAAAAAUAAUAAUAAUAUAUGCUAAAUUAUGCUAAUAAUUGUAUAAGAAUAAUCAGGAGACUGUACCAAUAGUCUGCCCUUCAAAUGAUGAGAAAAUGUAAAUGACACCCACACACUAUGAUGAGGAAAAAGAUAAAAAAAAAAAAGCACUGUGCAAGAUUUGUGGAGAAAAAAUUAAUUUUUUUGAACAAACGUGUGUAUUUAGAAAUGUUUUGUAUUUUGCCUUUUGCUGUUCAUACUGAAAAAGUAAAAAGAAUAUCAGAAUCUAUUGCAUGUUGCUUUUAUUUGGCUUUGUUAACAUGUAAAAUGAUUAUAAUUAUUGCUAUCAUGAUAUAAUUACUGUGAAUUAUGCUUGUGUUUCUGAUUCUUUUUUUUUGGUAGCACUACAAAAGUCUUGAACUCCCAUACAAAUAAAUGAC